GCCCUUCCUCGACGUCCUGCUUGGCCUCUGCUUGGCAUCUCCGCUCGGCCGGCGACGGGCGGUUGAAGCGCUGCCGGCAUGCUGCGCAAGCUCACGCUCGACCAGAUCAACGACUGGUUCACCAUCGGCAAGACCGUGACCGAUGUGGAGCUGCUGGGCGCGCCGCCCGCCUUCCCGGCCAGCGCCGCCAGGCGCGAGGCGCCGCGCAGGGAUGCAGCCUCCGCCCCCGCUCCGGCCUCCGCCCCGGGCCCGGUCCAGGCCCCGGCGCCGCCGGCCUUCCGGAGUAUACUUUGCAGACCACGUGACCGAAAGCGCUCAGAAGUGGAGUAUAUUAACAAGUACAGAGAGCUGGAGGCCCAGCAGCUGGACCUGCCCACCCCCCGGGAUGCCCCCCGCAGGCCAGGUCUGCGGCCGGCCAAAUCUGGCAGUGUGACUUGUGUCCCCAAGACAGCGUACAAAUAUCCUGACCUGCCCAUCAGUCGCUGUAAAGAAGAGGUCAUUUCUUUGAUAGAAAGUAACUCUGUGGUCAUUAUCCAUGGGGCCACAGGCAGUGGCAAAAGCUCACAGCUCCCACAGUACAUCCUGGACCACUCCCUGCAGCGCUCAAGUUACUGCAACAUUGUGGUCACCCAGCCCCGCAAGAUUGGGGCCAGCAGCAUUGCCCGCUGGAUCAGCAGGGAGCGCGCCUGGACGCUGGGCGGCUUGGUGGGCUACCAGGUAGGGUUAGAGAAAAUAGCCACAGAAGACACUAAGCUGAUCUACAUGACAACUGGAGUCCUGCUUCAGAAAAUCGUCAGCGCUAAGAGUCUAGUGGAGUUCACACACAUCUUCAUUGACGAGGUGCACGAACGAACUGAGGAAAUGGACUUUCUGCUGCUGGUAGUCCGAAAACUUCUGAGAACAAACUCACGCUUUGUGAAGGUGGUCCUGAUGUCAGCCACCAUCAACUGUAAAGAGUUUGCAGACUAUUUUGCCGUCCCUGUCCAGAACAAGAUGAACCCUGCCUACGUUUUUGAGGUGGAAGGCAAGCCUCAUUCCAUUGAAGAGCACUACCUCGAUGACUUGGAGCACAUUCAUCAUAACAGGCUCUCUCCUCAUCUCCUGGAGGAGCCGGUGAUAACUAAAGACAUGUACGACAUCGCCAUUGCGCUCAUUCAGAUGUUUGAUGACAUGGAUGUGAAAGAAAGUGGGAGCAAGACCUGGUCGGGGGCCCAGUUUGUGUCGGAGCGGAGCAGCGUGUUGGUGUUUUUGCCAGGUCUGGGUGAAAUCAACUACAUGCAUGAACUUCUUACAAACAUGGUUCAUAAAAGGUUACAGGUCUUUCCCCUCCAUUCCAGUGUGACUUUAGAAGAACAGAAUAAUGUGUUUUUAAGUCCAGUGCCAGGAUACAGAAAGAUUAUCCUGUCCACUAACAUUGCCGAGAGCUCCGUCACGGUUCCUGACGUCAAGUAUGUUAUAGAUUUUUGCUUGACUAGAACUCUGGUCUGUGAUGAAGAUACGAAUUAUCAGAGCCUGCGGUUGAGCUGGGCCUCUAAGACCAGCUGCGAUCAGAGAAAAGGUCGUGCUGGGCGCGUGUCCAAGGGGUACUGCUACCGCCUGAUUCACAGGGACUUCUGGGACAAUGCCGUCCCUGACCAUGCUGUCCCCGAGAUGCUGCGUUGCCCACUAGGAAGCACAAUACUGAAAGUGAAGCUGCUUGACAUGGGUGAGCCCAGGGCCUUGCUGGCGACCGCCCUCUCUCCACCCAGUCUGAGUGACAUAGAGCGGACUAUCCUUCUCCUCAAGGAGGUGGGUGCGCUGGCGGUGAGCGGGCAGAGAGAAGACGAGAACCCCCAUGAUGGCGAGCUGACCUUCCUGGGCAGAGUCUUAGCCCAGCUCCCCGUGAACCAGCAGCUCGGGAAGCUCAUCGUUCUGGGCCACGUGUUUGGGUGUCUGGAUGAGUGUCUCAUUAUUGCCGCAGCUCUUUCUCUAAAGAAUUUCUUUGCAAUGCCUUUCAGGCAGCAUCUUGAUGGAUACAGGAACAAAGUGAAUUUCUCCGGCAGUAGCAAGAGUGACUGCAUCGCACUUGUUGAGGCAUUUAAAACGUGGCAGGCUUGCCGACAACGGGGAGAGCUGCGGCAUCCGAAGGAUGAACUUGACUGGGGACGGUUAAACUAUAUUCAGAUCAAGAGAAUUAGAGAGGUGGCUGAACUGUACGAAGAGCUGAAGACCAGGAUCCUGCAGUUCAACAUGCAUGUGGGCUCCCGCAGGCCCGUCCUGGACAAGGAGUACAUCCACAAGCAACGCUUCAUCCUGCAGGUUGUGUUGGCAGGUGCUUUCUACCCUAACUACUUCACCUUUGGGCAGCCUGACGAGGAGAUGGCCGUGAGGGAGCUGGCGGGCAAAGACCCAAAGACCACUGUUGUGCUGAAGCACAUUCCUCCCUAUGGAUUCCUCUACUACAAGCAGCUGCAGUCCCUCUUCCGCCAGUGCGGCCAGGUCAAAUCCAUUGUGUUUGAUGGAACAAAGGCCUUUGUGGAGUUCUCACGCAACCCGACAGAGAGGUUUAAGACUCUUCCCGCGGUAUACAUGGCAAUCAAGAUGUCUCAGCUCAAAGUGGCCCUUGAGCUCAGUGUCCAUCCUGCAGAGGAGAUCGAGGGCAAGGUGCAGGUGGGGCCUCUCUCCAAGCUCAGGAACACAAGGGUGAAUGUGGACUUCCAGAAGCAGACGGUCGAUCCUGUGCAAGUCUCCUUCAACACCUUAGACAAGUCCCAGACGGUCACAGAUGUCCUCCUGACAAUUGACGUCACGGAGGUGGUUGAAGUGGGGCAUUUUUGGGGAUACAGGAUUGAUGAAAAGAACUCUGAGGUUCUGAAACGGUUGACUGCUGAGCUCAAUCGGCUGCAGCUGGUGCCCCUGCUGGUCCACCCGCACCCCGCCCUGGUGUGCCUGGCUCCGUUUGCUGACUCUGGGCAGGAGAGCUACUACAGAGCUCAGAUCCUGUACGUGUCUGGAAAUUCUGCUGAGGUGUUUUUUGUAGACUAUGGCAACCGAGCACAUGUGGACCUGGGCCUUCUCAUGGAGCUCCCCUGUCAGUUUCUCGAGAUUCCGUUUCAGGCUUUGGAGUUUAAGAUUUGCAAGAUGCGACCCUCAGCGCGGUCUCUGGUGUGUGGGGAGCAGUGGAGCGGGGCUGCCAGCCGACGUUUCACCUCCCUGGUGCGAGGCAGCCCCCUGCUGGUGAAGGUCUUCUCUGUGGUGCACAGCGUGCUGCACGUGGACGUGUACCACUACGUGGACUCCUGGGAUACUGUCAACAUCCGCGACGUGCUCAUCAGUGAGGGCCACGCAGCUCUGGCCGAGGAGCCCUACGAAUCCAAGCAAAGCCAUGACGUUCUCAAGGAUCUCUUUUCCAAAUCAGUAGAAAGUGUGGCAGACUUGUCUGUGCCAUCCCCCGUGAAAGAUGAUGAGAAGUACCUGAUCCGGAUCCUGUUAGAGAGCUUUUCUUCCAAUAAGCUUGGCCCCCCAAACUGCAAGGCAAUACUCCAUGGGCCCUUUAACCCCUAUGAACUGAAGUGCCACAGUUUGACCAGAAUAUCCAAGUUCAGGUCUGUGUGGAUCGAGAAGGAGAGCAUCAACUCUGUCAUCAUCAGUGACUCCCCAGAAGACCUCCACCAGAGGAUGCUGGUGGCCGCCUCACUCUCUGUCAACGCCACUGGCUCCACCAUGCUGCUGCGCGAGACCUCCCUGAUGCCCCACGUGCCUGGGCUCCCCGCACUGCUCAGCAUGCUGUUCGCCCCUGUGAUGGAGCUCAGGGUUGAUCGGGACGGGAGGAGCUACACUGGCAUGCUUUGUGGCCUGGGCUGGCACCCAGUCUCUGGCACCCCCAUCCUGCCAGAGCAUGACAUCGAGCUGGCGUUUGAUGUGCAGUUCACCGUGGAGGAUGUCGUGGAGAUCAAUAUUCUCAGAGCCACUGUCAACAAGCUCGUGGGCGAUGGGCCAAAUGGCUGCAGGUACCUAGGGCCUGAGAGAAUCGCGCAGCUGCAGGACAGCGCCAGGCAGAAGCUCCUAGGUCUGUUCUGCCAGUUGAAUCCGAGAGAGAAGAUUGCCCCUACGUGGCAUGAGAAGCCUUAUGAGUGGAACCAGGUGGAUGCAAGGCUGUUGAUGGAGCAGGCAGACCGGGAGGGCGGCCGCGGCAAGAAGGCCUCCCUCUACCAGCUGCACAAGCUGGUGGUGCUCAGCGCCUAGACCUUGGGGAUGACCCCAGUGGGGGCUGGGGGUCUUCACUGGCCAGCCACCCAAGUGGUCCAGCCUUCCCUCCACGUCCCUCUGGGUGACAGCCGGAGACGGGCAUUUCUGCUCCAUUCAGAAGGAUUGGAAACACCUCUUCUAGAAACAGAAAAUCUCUACAUUUUUGGGGGGGUGUCAGGAACUGUCCUGAAGAAGACCUCCUCUGGAGAAAGAUGUGCAUUUCAGUUUAUUAAGGCAAAUAAUAGGGGGCAACUCUUCACAAGACGUCCCAGCGAGUGCUGUUUUCUUUUGCUACAGUGGUUUAAACUCGGGGGUGGGUGGUGGGUGGCAGGAAGUGGACCCCCAGUUUACUACAGGGAGGCUGUGUGUUAUAAAGACAUGUGGCAGGUUCCGAUUCUUUUCCCCAUGAGGACAGAGUCCUAAUUUUAGAAGGACGAACUGUGUCUUGUAUAUUUCAAUUCUUCAGUUACUAUUCUUAUUCCUCAUUCUAGAAAUCAGAGGAUUACUGGAAACUAGUCCAGCUGUGUUCAAGCAAUAAAAGCAUCAGAAUAAA